CAAUCGCUGGCGGCUGCGCGGUGACGUCACGGUGCCCGGCCCAGGGAGUGUCUGCGGCGGCAGCGCCGCGAUAAGAGGCGCCCUGCCCGACCGCGCUGUUAUAUCAGCACACAGCAGCAUGCUGGUGUGCAGCGCCGCUUCGACUGUACAACACACACACUGAGCGGAGGAGCGGACGGCCCAGUGAAGGCUCGUCUUCCUGGUGAAUUCGCACACAGUGGACAAGGAUCACAUCUGUUCAGCCUCAUACAGUCAGUCAGCUGUUUCUGUUUGCAUAUGUUCACAACUUCCGUCAUCUACUUCAGCCACCGAAAAUGUGGCUGCCUUUGAUUGGAAUGACGGCCCUGCCACACCUGGGAGGGCUCUACGGCGGUUACAUUACACGUAAAGAGGUGAAGACCUGGUACCCGACCCUGCAGAAACCCUGGUGGCGCCCACCGAAUGCAGCCUUCCCUGUAGCCUGGACGUGUCUAUACACAGGCAUGGGGUACGGCUCCUACUUGGUGUGGAAGGAACUUGGAGGUUUCACCGAGGAUGCACUGGUUCCACUGGGACUUUAUGGGCUACAACUGGCUCUGAACUGGGCCUGGACCCCUAUUUUCUUCGGUGCACACAAAAUUAAAUUGGCACUCGUUGACAUCGUGCUCCUGACUGGGACUGUCGGAGCCACCAUGGCGUCUUGGUAUUCCAUCAGCCGCACUGCCACGCUGCUCAUGGCGCCCUACCUGUCCUGGCUGUGCCUCGCCACCUCUCUCAACUACUGCAUAUGGAGAGACAACAGUGAUGAAAAAGAAGAGUAGGGGGGCGGCAGCUCUGACUGCUUUGAGGAGACUACUUAAAUUCUGAAUCAUUACAGAUUUAAAUGUUUUCACAUGGUUUUUCUAACUUUGAAAUUAUAGCAGAAAUUCACAAACUUUUCCAACUAUGGAAGAUUGAUUAAAAAACGUUUGACAAAGACCAAUCAAUAUCUGUGUAUUUGAUGUAUUAAAAAAUGUUUUAAAAGAA